AUGAUCCGUACGCUAGAGAUUAAACUGGAGAAAGAAGCGUCGGGGAAACGCGAAAUGAUUUUUGCUCACGAUAUCUGCGAUCUGUGUAAGGAGCUUGUUGAUCGGGACAGUAACUAUUACAAAUAUUUCAAACACAUCGACUUUCCAGCGACGCCAGGUGGGGGUGACUAUCCGAUUCACGAUUUCGUCUUAGAUGCUGAUGAGAUACCACUGAAUAGCUACAACGUGGGAUUAUAUGUGGCAACCAUGAAUAUCUAUGAAAACCCAACGGGCGACUGCAAAGCCAACAAGGAGUUCUUAUGCUCUUUACAUUUAGGGCUGUCAGUUGAAAUGGAAUGAUUAAUCUGUUAAGUAUUUUUUUUCAUAGUUUGUCCUCGUACGGAUAGUGAUAGCCCACUGAGUUUCUCGCCGGAUCUUCUCAGUGGGUCGCGUUUCUGAUCCGGU